UUUCGCGUAACACCAUUGUGGCGGCGCUGCUGCGCUUUUGUUUUGCUUUCCAGUCAGCUGAUCACUGGAAUAUAUUUACAUUUGUUGUGCAAUUGUACAAAAGGCGGAUUUUGCCUUAAUUUUCUUCUAAUUAUCAGUAAUUAAAAGCCUUUUUGCCAAACAUGAGUGGUGAGGAAAAUUUAUCCUGCAUUUCAAGAAGCAUCAAAUUCUCCAGUGUAACAGAGUUGCUGGAGAAAAUUAAAGAAUCAAAAGGAUUAAACAAGAAAGAAGAACUAUUCCGAAAGUUUCUCAAAACUUUUCAAGAUUUCCAAAAAGAUUCUCAAAUUACGAGUAAAAAUCAGAAAACGAGCUUUCAUCCGAUUCUUCGGCUUCUGCUUCCGGCUUGUGACAUGGAGAGGAGUUCUUAUGGCAUCAAGGAAGUCACUUUGGGACGCUUAUACAUACGGAUGCUGGGUAUUGACGGAAAGAGUGCAGACGCAAAGACUCUCCUGGAAGGACGCGCCAGCUCUGCAGACUACGGAGAAAUCGUUUACAGAGUGAUGAAGACAAGAUCAAAGCCUGUCUCUGAGAUUACGGUCUUCGAAGUGAACCAGGGAUUAGAUUCAAUCGUGGAUCACUACCAAAAUGGACGAAUGAAGAAAAUUGACGAUAUCUUGAUGAAAUUGAUCUCAAAUAUGACAGCAAGUGAUCAGAAAUGGCUCUCCAGAAUCAUUCUGAAGCACUUGCCACUGGGUUUGGGUAGGAAAAAAAUCUUCAACGUCCUCCAUCCUAAAGCUGAACAGCAAUACAAUAUCAGCAGCAAUUUAUAUGCCGUAUGCGAACUUCUGGACAGAGCAGAGACAUCGGAAAGUGGUGCAAUUCCUCAACUUCCAGAGGUGGAAUCUGUAAAGAUAUUCAAUCCCGUGAAACCAAUGCUGCUCGCAAGAAUAGAGAUGCAUAAGUUGGAAGAAGCAGUAAAUCGUGGUGAAUAUUUCAUUGAGACAAAAAUGGAUGGAGAGCGAUUUCACGUACAUCGUUCAGGCAACGAGUACAGAUUUUUCUCGCGCAACGGUCACAACUACAGUGAAAAAUUCGGGAAGGACUUCACCUCAGGAAGUCUCACGCCUUUCAUUCACAAUCUCUUCGCUAAGCAUGUCGUGAGCAUUAUUCUUGAUGGAGAAAUGAUGGUGUGGAAUCGAGAAGACAAUCUUUUCUACGUCAAAGGAGACAAUUACGAUGUAAAAAACAUCCUUCGAGAUGAUUCGAAACUCAAGCCCGUCUUGUGCGUCUACGAUGUGCUUUUCCUAAAUGGAGAGAGUCUCACUGAGAAGCCUUAUGCGGAGAGAAGACGAUUGCUGGCCACACUUUUGAAGGAGAAAACAGGAGCUCUUAUUCUUGGGGAGUAUAAGAAAGUUAGGGACUUUGACCACGUUUUGGAGUGCUUCAAUGAAUCUAUCGAUAGAUGCGAAGAAGGAAUUGUUAUCAAAGCAAUGGGAUCACAUUAUCGGCCUGGCGUGAGAUCUAUUGAAGCGGGAUGGUUUAAAUGCAAACCAGACUACAUCAAUGGAGUUGUGUCCGAUUUGGAUUUGCUAAUAAUUGGUGGAUAUUAUGAGCCUCAGAAGCGAUACAUGGAAUCGUACCUCUUGGGAAUUUAUGCAAAUGGGCCCGGCGAGAGAAAUGACCCAGUGUUUUAUUCAGUGGCAAAGGUCAGUGCCCAAGGGCUCAAAUUUGCUGACAGGCGCAAAUUAAGUGAGGACUUGAGGGCGCGCUGGCGACCAGUGGAGCAGGAGAAGGUGGGCAGAAAGAGCACAUUUGUGGUGCCGCAGUGUCUUGAGUGGCAAAAUGCCGUGCCUGAUGCGUGGAUCGAGCCGAAUAAUUCGAUUGUGUUGGAAAUCAAAGCGACAGAGUUGACGAAAACCACCACUUUUCGCACCACUCACGCCCUCAAGUUUCCACGUAUUGUCGCUGUUCGUGAGGAUAAGCAUUGGUAUGACGCUUGUGCGCUGGAAGAAUUUCAGCAAUUGUGUGGAAGGAGUGAAACAGGUGUGAAGAAGUUGGCAAAGCGACACAUAACGCGCGAUGAUGCGAAAAGAGGAACAGCAAAGCGCAGAAUUGUCGCAGAGAACAGGAAUUUGAAACACUAUCGAGAUCACGUAUUGACAGUAUCGUCAAUUUGUGAAAACUUGAAGUUCUGUAUUCUCAGCACUUCGCGCAAUAUGCCAAAUGUUCAUGAGCUCCGACAGAUGAUUUGGCAGCAUAGUGGCGAGAUUGUGGAGAAUCCUGGAGCAUCAACAUUCGCCAUAAUCGCCGGUGAUAUGACACUGAAUGUACGCAAGUACGCCGAGAAGAAGCUGUACAAUAUUGCCAAAGUUGAGUGGCUGAUGAAGACGUUGGGAAGUGGAACUAUUCCAAAGAAGCUACCCAGAUUCCACCCUAAAGAUAUGAUUUCGUGCACAGAAGAACUUGAGGACUACUUCACGAAGUCCUUUGAUGACUAUGGAGACUCUUUAACAAUUCCUGUUGAUUGUGCAUCGCUGAAAACACUCUUGGGCCACAUUGAGAUUGACAGGAGUGAGAGAUUGCUGCGAAGGGAGCUGAUUAGCAUUGAAGAGGAGAUUUAUGCAAAUAGCCACGAAGGGCGGAACAUUUUCCGCCCCUUCUCUGCCCACUUCUUUGCCGCUAAUCAGUGCGACGAGACGAAAUUGGCUGAAAUAAUCUUCAAGUCACGCCACGGAAAUGUGAUUGAUGAAUUCAUUUCCUCAGACUGUACGCUCAUAGCCAUAAAUCCCCUCAAAGAUUUAUUGGAUCAAUUCAAACGGCAAUUCUCGAGUCAAGGAAACAUUCAACUCGUCUCCAUCGCAUGGAUAGCAGCGAGUCACUCUGGGGGAAAAAUUGCCAAUAUGUCUGACUAUCUUAUUCCGCUGCUCCAAUAACUGUGUUGUGGACCAUUGUAAAUUGGUAAACAAGUGUGAAAUUGCAGUGGAUGAUGCUCUGUGAAACUGCCGACACUCUGUUACACAUUUAAUUGGCACUAAACAGUCCUUCCACUGUUUUUCGCCUCUCUUCUUUGAGGAGUCGAAGGCACAAUUCGUUUCUGUAUCGUAUUUCAUGUUAAAAUUUUCUCCCUGUUACAAGAUAAUGAACUGUGAAACUUACUAAACGCACCCGAUGGUUUUCGUCCCGAAUCAUCUGAUGAGAAAAUAGGAGAAAAUGUGUAAUUUUAAAUUUAUUUUAAACGUAUUUGUAUAAGACAUUUUUCAGAAUAAAUUAUUUUUAUAGAUUUUCACAUAAUCUGAUUUGUUCUCUAAUUAAUCAACUUGGCAUGUUUGUAUCGCGCAGUCUAUAAUAAGAUAUAUAAUUGUAAUAUAUAUUGUACAUUAAUUAGGUAAUUAGUAACCAUUUUCAUUGGCCACUGACGCAAUUUGUACCUCGUGUAACGCAAUAUUAUAAUCACGUUACGCGCUAAUAGAAAUAAAAUCAACUGGUGGCACAGUAACACUUUGUUUUUCAUGCUUAUUAAGAGAUCAUAAGUGAUAAUAAUAAAGAAAUAGUCGAAAUAAUAAAUAUUAUAAAAAGUGUUAAUUUAUUACAAAACAUUGGAACUAAAUAAAACGGUGUAAUUUGAA